GAAUCUACUACCCAUUAAGUAGGGUUGGUUGUUUCGUGUUCCAAUCUCUUUGAUAUUUUCUUUCUAGGUUCGUUGAUCUGCCGUUGUUUCCGAGGUGAGUGCCCUCAUGAAAGGGGAGUUCCAGGACUGGGAAUUGCUGCAGAGUUCGGAUUCUGAUUUGGUUCCGGUGAGCCCGAUUGAGAUGAGGAAUCUGGAGGGAGUUGAAGGGGAAACGGAAGGUAUGAUAAGGUCUGAUUACUUUUCUCUUGAUAAUCAGAGUAGAUAUGCUAAGACUGUUGCUGUGGAGGGUGAUGUGAGUGAGGAGGGGUUUGUUGGGUCGGAUAAUGAGAGUUGGAUUGAUACUGGGUCGGAGACUAGGCGUGAGAGGAAGAAUUCAGGGGAAUUUUUGUCUGAUUCAGGUAGUGAUAGGUCUGAUGACCGUAAAUUUGGUGACUUUGAGGUGAAAAAUCAGAAAGACCAAGUGGGUUUUGAGGGAAUUGAGGAAAAGGAAACUAGGAGUGAGAGUUUGGGGAAAUUUGAGUUUGAUAAUGGUAAAAGUAGUGAUGUUGAUACGAAAAAUGAAUUGGGUUUUGUUGAAAAUGUGAAAAGUAGUGGAGGAUCCGGUGAAAUUCAAGUUCAUGAUAAGGAUUUGGACAACUGCUGGUCUGAUUCUGGUGGGGAUGGUUUGGUCUCGAUGAAAUUUAGAGAUGCUGAGAAAGAGAGUGGUAUUGAUAUAGGUGAUCUUGCAAACAGAACAGCUGAAUUAGAGGGCUCAGGAGAAUUUGAUGGUGGGAAUGACUUGAAUGUUGGGAUGGAAGAAUCUGUAGGGAAUUCUGCAAUCGUGAAUUCAGUUGGUGAUGAAGAGAAGAGGAGGGUAGAAUGGUGGAAAGUUCCCUUUGAGGUCUUGAAAUAUUGUCUGUUCAAGGUUAGUCCGUUUUGGUCCAUUUCUGCAGCAGCAGCCGCUAUAGGUUUUGUUAUCUUAGGGCGCAGAUUGUACAAGAUGAAGCAGAAGAGCAAGAGCUUGCAGCUGAAGGUUACCGUUGAUGAUAAGAAGGUGUCUCAGUUCAUGAAUCAUGCUGCACGUCUCAACGAAGCAUUUUCAGUGGUUAGACGAGGACCCAUCACACGACCUGCACUACCUGCAGGUGGGGUGAAUGCAUGGCCUGUGAUGAGUAUGAUGAGAUAAGAAUACUGUUGUCAGAAGAAAAUUAUCAAAGGAACUCUGUUUCUAGAAGGUAAACCCAAAUAUCUAAUAUAUGCCUUUCUUCGCUAUGGAUGUUUUUUGUUUCGUCACAAUGCAUGAACUCUGGCAUUGUUAAAUGUAUAAAUUCUAGACAUUGAUGGCUUUCCCAUAUUUAACAAUCUAUUCCCAAUAAGGAAUAACGUUUAUAUAUGCAAAUCCUUGCCAUGAGGAUUCUAGGUGCAAGGUUUCUGGUUCUUGAUUG